AUGCCUCACUCUCCCAACGACUCCGGCAACCAGGCGCCGGUCCCGAUCUCGAUCACGAUCUGCGGCGACGGCGGCUGCGGCAAGUCGUCCAUCACGCUGCGACUCGUGCGAUCGCAGUGGACGUCAGAGUACGACCCGACGAUCGAGGACAGCUACAGCGUGACGCGGCGUAUUGACGGGGCCACAUACCAUCUCGGGCUGACCGACACGGCCGGCCAGGAGGAGUACCGCGGCAUGUGGGCAUCGUCCAACCUGGGGGCGGACGCGUUUCUGCUGGUAUACGACAUCACCUCGCUCGACUCGCUCGACGCGCUGCAGUACUUUAACGAUCUAAUCGACAUGGAGGCCGAGACGCGGCUGGACAAUGCAGCGCGCCUGCGCUGUGCCGCCGACGAGGUCGAGCUGCUGCCCGAAGACGCCUUUGCCAGCGGAUCGCGUACGGUGCCGCCCGUCAAGAUCGUGGCUGGCAACAAGUGCGACCUGCAGGAGAGCCGUCAGGUGCCGGCAGCCCGUGGACUCGACUGGUCCCGUCGUCGUGGCUGUGGCUUCAUGGAGACGAGCGCCCGCCUCGAGGUCAACAUUGAGGAGACCUUUGCGCUGGUCGUGCGCCGCGUCAUCGAGGCCCGUCGUCUGGCCGCGCUCGGCCUCACCGACGACCACCAGCUCGACUGCCGCGGCAUGACGAAGCCGCUGAGCCCGCUGCCGGUUAGCAGCGGCGAGAUGGACGGUGGUGGUGGCGAGAACGAAGGCCGGAACGAGCACAGAAGACGUCUCGGCUCGGCCUCGGACGAGAAGCUCGGACCGGUGGGCCUGCGUGGCCCUCGCAUUAGCGGUGACCAUGUCGGCCGCGAUCCGGGCAGCCGUGGCUUCUGGAAGCAGCUGCGCUGCUGGUGA